UCUUUUCUGGCAGGUACUGGACUGGAUUGAAAAUCAUGGGGAAGCGUUUUUGAGUAAACAUACAGGAGUGGGGAAGUCUCUACACAGAGCUCGUGCGCUGCAGAAAAGACAUGAUGAUUUUGAAGAAGUAGCGCAGAAUACAUACACCAAUGCAGACAAGCUUUUGGAGGCUGCAGAGCAGUUGGCUCAGACUGGGGAAUGUGACCCUGAAGAGAUCUAUAAAGCAGCCCGGCAUCUGGAAGUACGGAUUCAGGACUUUGUCCGGAGGGUGGAACAGAGGAAACUUCUCUUGGACAUGUCAGUCUCCUUCCACACCCACACCAAAGAGCUGUGGACAUGGAUGGAAGAUCUGCAGAAGGAGCUCUUAGAGGAUGUCUGUGCUGACUCUGUGGAUGCGGUUCAGGAGCUUAUCAAGCAGUUUCAGCAGCAACAAACAGCCACCUUGGAUGCUACCCUCAAUGUUAUUAAAGAAGGGGAAGAUCUAAUCCAACAGCUCAGGGACUCUGCUGUUUCCAACAAUAAGACUCCACACAAUAGCUCCAUCAGCCACAUUGAAUCUGUCCUUCAGCAGCUCGACGAGGCCCAGGUACAGAUGGAAGAGCUCUUCCAUGAAAGGAAGAUUAAGCUAGACAUUUUCCUUCAGCUCCGGAUUUUUGAACAGUACACCAUUGAGGUUACAGCAGAGUUAGAUGCCUGGAAUGAAGAUCUGCUGAGGCAAAUGAAUGAUUUCAAUACCGAAGACCUCACUCUGGCUGAGCAGCGUUUGCAGCGUCACACUGAGCGGAAGUUGGCCAUGAACAACAUGACCUUUGAAGUCAUCCAGCAAGGGCAAGAUUUACACCAAUACAUCAUGGAGGUCCAGGCUUCAGGCAUUGAGCUGAUCUGUGAAAAAGACAUUGAUCUUGCGACACAGGUUCAAGAACUGCUGGAAUUUCUUCAUGAGAAACAGCAUGAGCUGGAGCUUAAUGCUGAUCAAACUCACAAGAGGUUAGAGCAGUGCCUACAGCUCCGGCACCUACAGGCUGAAGUCAAACAGGUGCUUGGCUGGAUCCGGAAUGGUGAAUCAAUGCUGAAUGCAAGCCUUGUCAAUGCAAGCUCCCUCUCUGAAGCUGAGCAGCUCCAGCGAGAGCAUGAGCAGUUUCAGCUGGCCAUAGAGAAGACACACCAGAGUGCCCUGCAGGUCCAGCAGAAAGCCGAAGUGUUGCUACAGGCUGGGCAUUAUGAUGCUGAUGCUAUCAGAGAGUGUGCCGAAAAGGUGGCCCUGCACUGGCAGCAGCUGAUGCUGAAGAUGGAGGACAGGCUCAAACUUGUCAACGCCUCGGUGGCCUUCUAUAAAACCUCUGAGCAGGUGUGCAGUGUAUUAGAGAGCUUGGAGCAAGAAUACAGACGGGAUGAAGACUGGUGUGGAGGUCGAGAUAAACUUGGACCAGCAGCUGAGAUAGACCAUGUCAUCCCUCUGAUCAGCAAACAUCUGGAACAGAAAGAGGCUUUUCUCAAGGCCUGUACGCUGGCACGAAGGAACGCUGAGGUAUUCCUCAAGUACAUCCACCGGAACAAUGUCAGCAUGCCUGGAGUAGCAAGCCAUACAAGGGGGCCCGAGCAGCAAGUGAAAGCCAUUCUGAGUGAGCUGCUGCAGAGGGAGAACCGGGUCCUUCACUUCUGGACCCUGAAGAAGCGGAGAUUAGAUCAGUGCCAACAAUAUGUUGUCUUUGAGCGCAGUGCCAAGCAGGCCUUAGACUGGAUCCAAGAAACAGGCGAAUAUUACCUCUCUACUCACAACUCCACAGGGGAAUCAGCAGAAGAAACUCAGGAACUCCUGAAGGAAUAUGGAGAAUUCAGAGUACCUGCCAAGCAAACAAAGGAGAAAGUGAAGCUCCUCAUCCAGCUGGCUGACAGCUUUGUAGAAAAAGGACAUAUACACGCCACUGAAAUUAGGAAGUGGGUCACCACCGUUGACAAACGCUACCGUGACUUCUCUCUCAGGAUGGGGAAAUACCGCUACUCCCUGGAAAAAGCCCUUGGAAUGAAUACAGAGGAUAACAAGGACCUAGAACUAGAUAUUAUUCCAGCAAGUCUUUCGGACCGGGAGGUAAAGCUGCGAGAUGCAAAUCAUGAAGUCAAUGAAGAAAAAAGAAAGUCGGCCAGAAAGAAAGAAUUCAUUAUGGCUGAGCUGCUCCAGACGGAAAAAGCUUAUGUCAGGGACUUACAUGAAUGUUUAGAGACUUACCUUUGGGAAAUGACAAGUGGAGUGGAAGAAAUACCCGCUGGGAUCCUUAAUAAAGAACACAUCAUCUUUGGCAAUAUUCAGGAGAUAUAUGACUUUCAUAACAACAUUUUUCUGAAAGAACUAGAGAAAUACGAACAACUGCCUGAGGAUGUGGGCCACUGCUUUGUCACCUGGGCAGAUAAAUUUCAGAUGUACGUCACCUACUGCAAAAACAAGCCUGAUUCCAGCCAGCUCAUCCUGGAACAUGCAGGGACAUUCUUUGAUGAAAUUCAGCAAAGACACGGUCUGGCCAACUCUAUCUCUUCUUAUUUAAUCAAGCCUGUCCAGAGGAUCACAAAAUACCAGCUCCUACUGAAGGAACUGCUAACCUGCUGCGAGGAGGGCAAAGGGGAACUCAAAGAUGGUCUGGAAGUGAUGCUCAGUGUCCCAAAGAAGGCCAACGACGCAAUGCACGUCAGCAUGCUGGAAGGGUUUGAUGAGAACCUGGACGUCCAGGGAGAGCUGAUUCUUCAGGAUUCCUUCCAAGUGUGGGAUCCCAAGUCUCUCAUUCGGAAAGGCCGUGAGAGGCAUUUGUUUCUCUUUGAAAUCUCUUUGGUGUUUAGCAAAGAGAUCAAAGAUUCUUCAGGACACACAAAAUAUGUUUACAAGAACAAGUUACUGACCUCAGAACUUGGAGUGACUGAACAUGUUGAAGGAGAUCCCUGUAAAUUUGCUUUGUGGUCUGGACGAACACCAUCCUCAGACAAUAAAACGGUGCUGAAAGCAUCCAGUAUUGAAACAAAACAGGAAUGGAUCAAAAAUAUCCGGGAAGUCAUUCAAGAAAGGAUUAUCCAUCUGAAAGGAGCUCUGAAAGAGCCCAUUCAGCUCCCCAAGACACCAGCAAAGCAGCGAAACAACAGUAAAAGAGAUGGAGUAGAUGACGCAGACAGCCAAGGAGAUGGCAGUAGUCAACCUGACACCAUUUCCAUUGCAUCCAGGACAUCACAGAACACAGUGGACAGCGAUAAG